AUGGCGGACGGCAGCAAAAUUUUAAACUCGCCUACAGUAAGGAAUUUUAGUCUUGAUCGUGUUGAUAUACCCUCAAUAAAAUUGCUAAACAUUAAUACACACUUAGUCUAUGAUGGUACACGUAUAAAGUGGUCAAAUGAUCUGAUAUCUCUGAAGAAUUUUACCGAAAAUGUUGUCGGUUUGGUUGGUUGCUGGAGGUCGCCCGGUGGCAAAUCUAAACAGUUUGUAAGCAAUGACCUAGAUCUGACAAUGACUUGGCACCCAGGUAAGCAAAAUUCUUUGCUGUUCAGCGGGAAAGACGGUGAAUCCUUAAAGAAAUUAUUGAUAAGUAUUCUGAACACGCCAAGCGAUACUACACAUAAAAUACCGGACGAGCCAAAAUCAUCGACAGGAGAAUCGCGUGACAUUGGCAAAAUUACUAAUUCUAGUGAAUGCCCAAGCCAGUCUAUAGCUGAAAUAAAAGCGAUUAAGGAUAAAAUUGACGGUGUAUUUGUGAUUGUAAACAAGCUUUGUUAUUCUACAACUAGAUUACUAAAUGAAUUUUCUGCAAUUCUCGCCAGAAAGGAUCUUCACGAUUCCACUACCCAAACUGAUUUCGAAGUACAUAACAAUGUCGGAUUAAAUAUAGCUGAUGCCACAAACGCGAUAGAUAACCAGUGCACAUACACGCUUAGUGGUUUAUCGACCGAAAUUGAAGGUCUCAAACUAAACAUCAUAAUCACAGAAUCAAAUAUUUUAAGCAAAGUUCAGUCUAACAAUCAAGCGAUUGAGCAAAUUCGUCACGACCUAGACUCAAUCAAAAGCCAUCAGAGUAAAAGUAACUUCAUUUCAGACAAUAAUACUGUCCCAAUUACAAAUUCUGAAUCAAUUAAUGUUGGACCUACAGCUAACUCAACCAAGAUUGAUAGUACUGCUACGAUUCCCAUAUGUAAACAUGGUUCAAAUCAGUCUUGUGCUCAAUUACGGUCAACCGUAAUCUGCCAACAAAAUACCAACCCUCCCGGAGUAGCCCAGUUUUGUUCUGUUAGUAGUAACAAGCCAAAUAACAAGUUAACGCUCCAGGCCUACCCUAAUUCUAACAAACACGUUACCCAGCAAAUCGAAGGUGCACCAGGAAUAAAUAAAGGUCAACAGAAUCAUUAUAAAGUAUGCAAAUCCACCUCCGACCAUAAAUUAGAAACUCCCAAGGCCAAUCCUGAAGUAAUUAAAAUUGGAUCGACUGCUAACACAACAAAACCCCUUAGCGUAGGCGCUGGUUCUGCUAAACAUGAAUCAAAGCAGUAUUACGCUCAUCAUUACAACUUAGUCAGUCCUGUAAAACAAAGUAAUUCCCAUCAACAUUCGCAAGCUGUUUUUCGCCCACAAUCAAAUGUCAGUUGUGUGAAGCCAAAACCAAGAAAUAAACAGAAUGUACAACAUAUUUCAAACCUUAGUUGUGCUAAUACUGGCGAAAGUCAGCCGGCACCAAGUGGGACUGGAUCUUUGAAAUGGUUGGCCCGCCUACCUCUGGUUGAAACGCUUAACGCGACAGUUAGUAACCCCAUGGAUACAUCUCGAAGUGGGGCCGAACCCCUUGAUUGGAUAGGACGGUUGCCCCUACUUGUUAAUUACUCGACACAUGCGCCUCGCUCACGCCAGACUCAAAGGAAUGAAACAGGAAAGAUGAACCGGCAUACGUUUUUCGGUCGCGAUUCAGCCAGCAGGCAGACUGGUUGA